AUAUUGCAUGGUUGAGUAGAAAGUUUUUGGAAUUUUUUUUCCGAGAAUCUCUUUGUCAGCUGUCUUUCGGUAUCUGAUAUUCAAAUAUCUGAUACAGAAAAAUGGAUCAAACGAACAUCAUUUUAAUAUUGGCUUUGAUGAUGCCGUGUAUGAUUUCUAGUCAACAACAACAACAAAAUCAUGAUAAAAUGGUCAAUGAUUUUUUCAACCAAAAUCCUGAUAAUGAUGAUCCAAAUCAAUCAAAACAUACAAAUAAUUGGGCAGUGAUUGUCGGUGCAUCAAGAUUUUGGUUCAAUUAUCGUCAUGUUGCAAAUGCAUUAUCAAUUUAUCGUAGCUGUAAACGAUUUGGCAUUCCAGAUUCACAAAUUAUUUUAAUGAUUUCGGAUGAUAUGGCUUGUGAAUCUCGUAAUCCAAGACCGGCAACAAUAUUCAAUAAUGGUCAACAUCAUAUCAAUGUUUAUGGUGAUGAUGUUGAAGUUGAUUAUCGUGGUUAUGAUGUUACUGUUGAAAAUUUAAUUCGUUUAUUAACCGGUCGUGUUCAUGAACAUACACCAAAAUCAAAACGUUUGCUUACAAAUUCUGGUUCGAAUAUUUUGAUCUAUAUGACAGGACAUGGUGGUGAUGGUUUUCUUAAAUUUCAAGAUUCCGAAGAAUUAACAUCAGUAGAAUUGGCCAAUGCAUUCGAACAAAUGUAUCAGAAAAGACGUUAUAAUGAAAUUCUAUUCAUUAUUGAUACAUGUCAAGCAGAAUCAAUGUCAGCAAAAUUUUAUUCACCAAAUAUUAUCGGUAUUGGUAGUUCAAAAAUUGGUGAAGAUUCUCUAUCACAUCAUGGUGAUUCAUCAAUCGGUGUCUAUGUUAUUGAUCGUUAUACAUAUUAUGUACUUGAAUUUUUAGAAAAACAAUAUCAACCAUCAAAUACAAACAUAACAAUAUCAAAAUUUUUAAAAGUUUGUCCAAAACAUCUUUGUAUAUCGACAGUCACUGCCCGUUUAGAUCUUUAUAGUCGUGAUCCAUCCAAAGUACCAUUAAGAGAUUUUUUCGGCAAUGUUGCCAAUAUUAAUAUGAUUAAUAUGAUUGAUCUCGAAUCAUCAUCAUUAAAAUAAACAAUUCAAAAUUUUGUAAAAUAAAAAAAAUAAUAA